AUGGGGACUGACCUCACCGUGCCCCCCGAUGGACUCAUUGGAGGGUACAAAGGGAACAACACCUCCGUCAAGAUCGUCGUCGUUACCUUCAUCUCGCUGGCCAUCUACAACGCCGUCGAACUCGUCAUCCUCAUCCUCUUCACCUUCCAACGCUACUAUGGCCUCUACUUCUGGACGAUGCUCUUAUCCGGCGUGCUGGGAGUCAUCCCGCACUCCGUCGGAUACCUGCUGGAAUUUUUCGAUGUCGGCCCGCGAUGGCUGGGCGUCGCAAUAUCUACCUUCGGCUUCUACUUCAUGGUCCCCGGUCAAUCGGUUGUUCUCUGGUCGCGACUGCACCUGGUUGUCCAGAAUCGCAAACUCCUCCGCUUCGUCCUUUGGCUCAUCAUCAUUGACGCGAUCAUCCUCCUCAUCCCGACUACCGUCCUCACGUUUUCUACAAUCUACGUCCGCACCCGGCCGAUAGUCAUGGGGUACAAUGUUAUGGAGCGAAUGCAGGUUGCCUGGUUUUGCGCGCAGGAAAUCCUCAUCUCGUCAAUCUACAUCUGGGAAACGGCGAAGCUUCUCCGCUUGCGGCCAGAAAAGAAUCCCCGCCGCACGCGCGUCCUGUACGAGCUCCUCGCUAUCAACUUGAUCAUCAUCGUAAUGGACGUCUGCCUCCUCGUCCUCGAAUAUCUCGGCAUGUGGUAUCUGCAAACGACCCUGAAGGCAGCCGUUUACAGCAUCAAACUGAAACUCGAGUGCGGUGUUCUCCGAAAGCUCGUCGAGCUCGUCCAGCCCAGCCGACAAGAUACGAGCUCUACAGAGCAGGAUUCGUUCCCGGCGUUCGUCAACCCGGAUAAUAUAGUUGGCGAUGUCACGCAUGCUGCGCCUGCUCAGCGGAGUGACCGUGACCGGACGCAACAGUACCCAUGGGGCGCGUCCGUCGACAGCUUCAGUUUGUCAGACCGGCGCCGGCCAAUCUCUCUCUCUUCUGCGCUUUCAAGACCUCCAUGA